AUGAUAGUAUAUGUCAGAUGUGGUUAUGUUAGAAAUGUUCUUUUCUUUCAUUCUCCUUUGAAAUCACAACAGCUGCCCGUGUCUUUUCGAGGGCAUCCAAAAGAAAUAUUGAAAUUUCAGUUAAAAACUUCACGGAAAGUUGUCAAACCAACAGUCGGCUCUUUAUUAGACUCGUUGUAUAUUCUGUAUAGUUUGGCUUCAAGUAGCCCUUCAGUGUCAGACUCAAAGCCAGAGCAAAGUUUCCCUGACGCAGACGAGCUGAUGCUGGCCGGGUAUACGAGAGUGGAGAGCAUGAGGUCCCACUUAGACACACGAAUGCAAACGAUAGACACCUCGCUUGCCACAACAUCUACAAAGCUGCAAGACAUAAAGGCAUGGCUCAUCAGGGAGAAUAAGGAGCAGCGGAAGAAGGCAGCCCAGAUUAACAGGGAGCUGCAAAACUUGCAGGAAAAUUUCAUGUGGGCUGACGAGUCACUGUCGACAGAUGACUGCAGACUGCAGAACGAGAUUACCCUGCUGACCAGAGAGAAGAAAGAGUUGCUGAAGAGGAUGGGCGUGUUCAUGAUUGUGAAAAAAGAGCUGCUGAAGAUGCUGGCCCUCCACAAGAAGACUAUGAAGAAGAGGACUUUGGUGAUGGAGCUCAUGGAGUCAGCAGACAACCAUUGGUCGCGUGUACGUAAGUCCCUAUUACACCAUAGGCGUGAGAACUGCAAACAGAAUGAAGAAAACAUUGUCCCUGACACAGAGACAGAUUGAGAGCUGGAAUGCAUGCAACAUAAGAGAAUCAUUACAUCAUACCAAAAAAUUAUUUCAAAAAUGCUAGAAAAAUGAAGAUGAAUCUUAGUGCCAGCUUUACGUAUACACUUGGUUCUAAUUUUGUAUUGCUUGCUUAUUGUGUAUGAUUGGCAUUUGAACUGUAAUUUCUUUUUUAUGUUUUAAUGAUGAAUAUGCUUUUAGCUGCUAUGGAAAAUGAGAUAAUUUCCUGUAGAGAAUAAAAGUGCUGUAGUUGGUCAAAAAAAGUAUAUUAAAAAUAUGAUAGGAACACAAUAUUUUA